AUGACAUACGCCGGUGCAUCUCUUAUGUUUGCUACACCACCGGCUGAAAGCUUUUGCGAGAAUGUCUCUGGUGUAGGACAGGACAAGGACCUAGGAUGUGGUGAUAUAGUGGCCCCUUCCACUCCCAGUCUGUGCUGUCUGGGUGUAGGACUUCUGGGCCAGGCCGCUCUAACAACAUGGCAAUUCUUCGACAUUCCAGUUCAAACCUGGUCAUCAAAUCCGUUGGACACUGCUUGGGCCAGCAUUUGCACCGGCUCUCGGGCCAGAGUUUCCGGUCGCUGUAUGAUGAGUGUUCAUGAUGCAGAGCUUCCCACCGCACCACGACAAGCUCAGUCAAGACAACAAUCUAUUUGGAAGUCUCACAGCGAGGCCCGAUGGGUCAUGUCUUAUAACUGGCUCAUUACGUGGAUUCUUUUAUGA